CAUUGCUGCAGCCGCUGUGGUUGUUUGAAAAUCCACAGGACACAACUUAGAGCACUCACUGCUCUGCUCAGACCGAGGAAAUUUCACCAACAUUCAACAGACAAAUAACCUCCUCUAUUGCUGAAACCCAAGAUCUGACAUUUAAGAUCAUGUUGGAGGGUCAAUGGUCUGAAGCUUUGGGUGCUAACAAAAUCAGAACCAUCAUCCACUGGCUGAAGAAACUGCAUAUUAAAGGUGAUGCGUGUUUGGAGGAACACCUACAAACCUUUGGCUCCUGGCUACAGAGGACAUCAGAAUUCACAAAGAAGGAAUUGUUAACCUUGUGUUUCAGUCGUUGUCAGGGUUUGUGGAUGUUCCUGGAUCGGAGCUCCUUCAUUGAAGUACACAUCUUGCUCCAGAGACUGCAGAACCUGCUCAUCUUGGUUCAGUGGUUGAGAAAACAACAAGAUUUGAAGGCUCCAUGUAUGAUCUGCAGGGACACACAGCACUCAUCGAAUGGCAGAAAUACUUGUUGGAACCAAGAGCUCUGGACUCUGAAACGACACAUCUGGCUGGGUCGGCUGGUUCAGUGGUGGGGCAUUAUGGGGCUUCUGCCCAGGUUCCCUGAAGCCCAAGAACUGAGACGUUUCUCUCAGAUGUGGAAGGAAAUGGAACUCAGCCAUCAGGAAAUGUGGCUUAAAACUGCUGGGUGGAAUAAGAGAGAGAUGGAAAGAUGUGGCUUUUUGAUCAAGGGUAUGGUGAUGCAGCUGUCCAAAAAACAUGGGUGUAUAUGGACUUCUGAAGACUGCACAGAUCAAUGCUACCCCCCACCUUCUCUUCACGCACUUCUGAAGCUUGUCUUGGUUCCUUGUACUGACAGCAUGUUGGUCCAGGGUAUUCUAUUAUACUUCAUCCUGGAUGUGGCUAACUUCUUACAGUGCAAAGACAACCUUCUGCAGUCUUUUUGCCGUGCAUUUACGAUCCCUCACAGAUUUUCCCAUCAAAUCAAAGCCUUCUGGAUGUUUGAUCAUAGGCGCACAAAGGCCUCCAUGGAGCUCUUGUUGAGUCCCAAAGCCGCUGUCCCUCAGUUCUCCUGGCAACAUCGAUGCAUUAUCAUCUCUCUGCUGAAAAACAAGCAGCACCACAUGGCACUGAAGUAUAUCCAGUGGACAAAACCUCCCAUAGAAACCACAGAGGAUGCAAAACUUUGUGCAGAAGUGUUUCUUCUAAGCAGUUGUCUGUCUGAUGCUUGGGCUUUGUUGAAAAGAAGCCACACAGAAAAUGAGGAUAUGGUCAUGUACUUCCUCCAGGCCUGUAAAGGAGUGAAUCUACAUGCUGAAGCUGUAAAAUACAUUUGCCAUGGAUGCAACGGUGAAGAAGACUGCAGCAGAGCUGAAGUAUGCAUCUUGCAGCAGAAGAAUAAAGAUUGUUUUGGUGAAAUGAUACCCUGCCCACUGUCUGCCACACUGUAUCAGAAUCAGGCGGAGAGAACAAUGUCUUCAGAGGAACUGGUCAAACUGGUCAAUAAGGCUGUGACGGAAGUGAGAAAACCAAAUCCCAGCAUAAGUGAGGUUGUGUGGCCAAAGAAACCAAAGAGAAAAUCAAGCAGCAGAGAAAUAUUUCUGUCAGUGCAGGCUCUGCGCCGCCUCACACCAAGCCCAUUCUCAAUGGAAGCUGUGGAAGAAACCGAACAAACAGCAAAUGCUGAGGAUGACCAAGGGGAACACCACUCUGAAGCACAGGACAUUCUGACUUCUGAGAAUCAAAGGUCUUUGUCUGCCCUUUCUUUCUCCUCUGCCUCAUCAGCACCUCUGCCGAAAUAUGCUCACUUCUUUGACAGCACCAUAACGUUGCAGAGGAUUUCAGCUUUUCUCACUGAUCAGGAGAUCCAAAGUAUAGGAGAUGAUGAAGAUGAUGAGGACAAUUUCACCUCAGUGGCUGAUUCUUUGCCACAAUGCUGGGAGCCAAAAGUGUCACCAGAUGGCGCCACAGAACAACAUUCCCUCUAUGACUUAGGCAAAAGUUUGAAGUCCCAAGAUAAAGUAAUAUCUUAUGCUUUGCAAGGUGGAGAAGACAGGAAGUACACAUCAGGAGAGCAAGUUGCUGAUGAUUCUCCCAAAAUGGUCGCUUCAGGUUCCCACAAGAGGGAAGACCAGUCAGAUGGUUUUCUGGUGAUAUCAUCAGAUCAGAAAGGAGACGAGCACCACCAGCAAAAGGAAGCUCUGGGAUGUGGCAUUCAAGACUUGUCCAGUACACCAUCAACAACCCUCCGGGAUCCAGUGACUGACCUGAACCAAAGCUUGGUUUCAGAGGACAACACUGACCCACCAACAUUUGAUAAUACCACGUCUUCCUGUCCACUAGGCCCCUCAUCCACCGACAGUCUGGCCAACUUCACUGAUUUCUCUGCAACGCAAACAGAUGACAAACAGGCAGAAGGAAAGGAGCUUGCAGGUUGGAGAGGGAAGGCUCCACAACAAAGAGUCAUGAGUGGAAGAACACAAUCCAGGAAAGGCAAACGAGUGAAGAGAACAUGAUGAAAAUAAUGGAUGGAAAAAAGACAGUCUUUUGAAGACAUGAAUCUCAUUUAUAUAUCAUAAAGUCACACUCUGUAACACUGACCGAUCAACUGAACAAUUGGAUAUACCAGGAACAUGCAGUACAUACUUUCUUGAAUGUUUCUCUGAGCUAUACCUGACAGUGUCACAAACAUUAUUACAUAUAUAUUUUCACCAUUGCCUGUUCAAUAUUAAAAGGAUACCUGCUGUUCCAGAUAAAAACACAAAUACACCACAUUAAAAAUCCACUGAUGUUA